AUGGUGGGCACCAUCACUGGUGCUUUUGUUGUUUCCCUGCUGAUUCUCGUCACCCGAUCCUUCACGGGGGUCAGGCCGUUCGGCCUUACUACCGACGACUGCCUUGACCUGCCGGGAGGACCAUCAGGCGACUACCAUUCCGACACCAGGACGAAAGACCGGCCUCUGAUCCUCUAUGCCUACAGCGAGUCCGAGCACGCCCGCAUCAACCUCGGGUUCUUUGUGAACCAGGGCCUGCAUGAUGCCGCCGACUUCAUCUUCAUCUUCAACGGCGAGACGGACAUGGUCUCUAUCGUGCCGCCUGAGCCUAACAUCAAAGUGGUCGAGCGCCCCAACACGUGCUUCGACCUCGGUGCUUUCGGAGAGGUCCUGCAGGAAGACAACUUGUGGAAAAAGUACAAGCGCUUCAUCACCCUCAACGCGAGCAUCCGUGGCCCCUUUGUCCCGUUCUGGAGCGACCAGUGCUGGAGCGAUGCAUACCUGGGAAGGCUGACCAACGAGACUAAGCUCGUCGGCAUGACGGCCAGUUGUGGCCCGCCAUCCUUUAUUCAUUCCAGUAUUUGGGCCACAGAUGAUGUGGGCAUGGAGAUACUCCUUCAUCCGCCGCCCAAACCUCGCGAGGACGGAAGCUCGAGCGGACACCCCUGGACAGUCGGCUAUUCGACCUGCUAUGCGACAAUGUGGGACGCCAUCGACGCCGAGGCAGGGACGACCUCGAUGAUGGAGCACGCCGGCUACCAUGUCAAGGCCCUCAUGUCGACGUGGAGUGCAACGCCAGGCGACAUGUACUGGGAAGAGUGUGCCUACCACCCGGGGGACCCUAGUGUGCCGGGUGCUUAUCAAGGCACCAAUAUUCACCCGUACGAGACGUUCUUCCACAAGUCGAACCGGGGGAUCGACCCGGCGAUGCUUACAUUGAUGACGACUCUGCACUCCAAGGGAUAUAAUGCCGGCCGAAGCUACCAGCUGUGUAAAUGA